CCUUUUGUUGUUAGAUUUAGUUUUUAGAUUAAUUCAUUUGGAAUAAAGUAUUUAAGAAAAUCCAAGGUUCCCGUCAAAAUAUAUGUUAAGUUAUAAAUAAUAUGUUACUAUUCCCUAAGAUACAUUAUUCUAUCCAGUUUAGUCAGCGAAAAGUUAACUUCGAAUAAUAUCAAAAUGCAGGUUUCAGAAGUAGACAAUGUUAAAAUUUACAAUCUUAGUGCUGGAAAAGCUUUACCUGAUUGGUUGAGUGAAAGAAAAAAAAGAGCCCUUUUAAAAAAGAAUGUGGACCUAAGAAGAAGAAUAGAACUCAUACAAGAAUUUGAUAUGCCAGGGGUGAGCACAAGCGUCCGUGUAUCAAAAGAUGGUCAAUAUAUUAUGGCAACAGGGAUAUACAAACCAAGAAUUAAAUGUUUUGAUGUUAACAAUUUGUCUUUAAAGUUUGAAAGAUGUUUAGAUUCAGAAGUAGUUACAUUUGAAAUUUUAAGUGAAGAUUACUCAAAGAUAGUUUUUUUACAAUGCGAUAGGUAUGUGGAGUUCCACGUAGGACAUGGCCGCCACUACCGACUGCGCGUGCCACAUUUUGGAAGGGAUAUGAAAUAUCAUCGGCCAUCAUGUGAUUUGAUUGUUGUUGGGGCUUCAAGUGAAGUAUACAGACUUAAUUUGGAGUUAGGUCAGUUUUUAGCACCAUAUGUGACAAAAGCGAGUGGCAUUAAUUGUUGCAAUGUCAACGAGGAACAUGGUUUAUUAGUAUUUGGCACAGAAAGUGGACACGUAGAGGCAUGGGACCCCCGCACAAAAAUGAGACAAGGAAUAUUGGAUUGUGCCUUACACUGUUCUAAUUCUGACUACAAAAACAAUGACAUCCCAGCUAUAACAGCAUUAAAGUUUAACGGUGCAUUACAAAUGGGGGUGGGCACAUCGUCAGGCCACGUCCUGCUAUACGACAUACGCUCCAGUAAACCGCUGCUGGUGAAGGAACAUAUGAACGAAAUUCCUAUUAAAAGUAUAGAAUUUCACAAAACAAUGAACUAUGUUUAUUCCAUGGAUGCUAAUGUAGUAAAAAUUUGGGAUAAUAACACGGGCAAACAAUAUACCAAUAUUGAAUCUUCUGUAGAUUUCAAUGAUCUGUGUGUAAUACCCAACACUGGAUUAAGUAUGAUGGCUGUAGAAGAUCAAAAGAUGCAAAUAUACUAUAUUCCAUCAUUAGGUCCGGCGCCCCGCUGGUGCGCGUUCCUGGACAACCUGACGGAGGAGAUGGAGGGCAGCGCGGCGCAGACCGUCUACGACGACUACAAGUUCCUCACCAAGCAGGAGCUCGAGACCCUGGGCUUGGACCACUUGCUUGGAACCAACUUAUUGAGAGCGUACAUGCAUGGGUACUUUGUUGACGUACGGUUGUACAAGAGGGCCAAGUCUAUCGCGGAUCCAUUUGCGUUCGAGGAGUACAAAAAGAAGAAGAUUCGAGAGAAGAUCGCGCAGGAGCGGCCCGCGAGGAUCACCGUCGACGACAGCCUGCCCAAAGUCAACAGGGACCUGGCGUCCAGGUUACUCGACACCCAACCACGCAAGAAACAGCCUACUAAUCUAUUGAAGGACGACAGGUUCAAGGCUCUGUUCGAAAACCCAGACUUCGAAGUUGACAAGGAGGCCGACGAGUAUCGCCUGCUGAACCCCGUGCUGUCCAGAUUAGACAAGAACAAAACCAAAACGAAAGCCGUGGAGGAACAGAUGGAGGUGGAAGAGAAGGAGGAAUCGGAUUCCGACAAGGAGUUGUACGAGUCCAGCGACGACAGCUCCGACGAGGAUCGCACCUGGGCCAAGGAAAUGAAAAAGCAGCACAAAAUCAUUCGAAACAAGAGACAAAACGAGGAUGAAAAUGAGAAGGAAAGUAAAGAGAAAAUGUACGAGCUCAACGGUGUACCGAAAACUAACAAUAUCAAAAGCUUAAUGCAAGUUAGUAAGAAGAGUUUAGGCGAGCGGCUGACUAAAGAGGGCUCGGCCGUCGUCUCCGGGACGGGCGGCAACAGGGAGAUGAAAUUCUCCAUGAGAAGCAAAAAGAACUCCUCCGACACUCAAAAGAAGAUGCAGAAGCACUACCAAGAGAGGAAAAAGAUUGUCAGAAGAACUGGCUUUUUGGCAAAGAAAAGACUACCCAAGAUCUGCGCCUGUCAACUCCGAAACAGCCACUACAGGAUGCAACACGAUAAUGUAUCGUACGACAGCACCAGUGAUCUAUUGGACUGCCAUGUGCUGGACGGCAAGCUGGCCCGGUCCGCGAUGGAGAGAUCCGCGAGGUCCAGCAUCGACGCCAACAGUGUGGACAUAGGUGAAAUAACCGAGUCCCCGGAUACUGACUACAUGAGUACGUCCGCAAUUUUACAUUACUGUAAAUCGAAGAUACUCCUUCCAUACUUGAAGCUCCUUACUAUAAUGGGUCUGCGGCCCGUGGUGGAUGUCCCGAACUCAUCACGAUGUAUGAUAUGUCUGUCACACUUCCACUCCGCGCAGGUAGCGGUGCUCAUGUGUUUGGGGUAUGUGCUGCAGUACAUGGCAUGUUUUAGGCGAGAUAGAGGUUUAUGUUAUAAACUAGUACCGCUGGCGCUGCAGUCCUCGCUAGAUUAUGAUACGUACAAGCAAGUUUGCUACGGGAACGUAGUUUUUACGUAUAUCGGCCCCAGCGUACUACAUUUUACGGGUUUUCUAUAUGCGUUAUAUUUAUUUAGAGUAGCUGAUAAUGAGCAAUUGCAAAAUUUGAUGGAAAGGGUGUUUCUACUUUCAUCAUACGCGCCACAGGGCAUGCCCACUGCGAAACCAAAGCGAUUACUACGUAUGCUGUGGUUUUUCAUAAUCUUAAGCAUAUUAUGGAUGUGCCUCUCCUUGUGUUCUGUUAAUUUAAUGAUGGCAAAAGGAAACAUCAUGUUCAGAUGGUUUGAAACAAGUUCGAAAGAAGCUGUAUUGGCAUUGAAAGUGUUGCUGAUAGUGUGCACGCUCAUCCACGACAUGAUCCAGGCGACCAUCAUCACGAGCUACUGUCUCCAGGCGCAGUUGCUGCAGGCGCAUCUGCAGUUCCUUAAAGAGAGACUCUUGAACCGAACUAUUAUUCCUUUCAAUUGGAUGCGAGAAAUUUUAGAAUUCCGUAAGUUAUUAAACUAUUUGAACGACGACUUAGCCCCAUCAGUCUGUCUAUUCACGAUCGUGAACAUAUCGUGGGCGAUAUCGGGUAUCAUGUGGCUCCUGAACAUGGACAAACUGGACACGGGGACGGAGCCCAUAUUGGCCAUCAGUAUCCUCAACCUGUUGCUGUGGAUAUCGGCCGCUAUAGUUCCUUUCAUUCAGGCGGCGCGGCUAUCAGCGGAGUGCGCGCGCACGUCGGGGGCGGGACACGAGCUGAGCGCGCGACCGUUCCUGCACCAGGACACGCCCCCCGCCGACGUCGCCGCCGUGCUCGCCUUCGCCUCCACCCUGCGCAUGCGCGCCGAGCUGUUUCACUAUCCAAUCAAGGGCCGAUACCUCUGUCUCAUUCUCACGCUCGCCACAGUCUCGCUCUUCGCCCUCGGAAUGUGCCAUUAUUUGCAAUAGCCAGUAUCUACUAGUGAGAUGAGCAUUAAUUGUUUCUUUCUCUCGCUCGGACCGGCGAAGUAUGAGUUAUAUAGAUCUCCAAUUGUUAUUUUUUUAAUGUGCAAUAAUUUUUUAACAAUUUAUACUUAAUAAUUUUAUUCAUCAACUGUGAUUUCGAUAUAUUUAAUAAUAAAUACGUUAUUGAUUUCAACUAUUUUAUUAUGUCGUUAUAAACUUAGGUUCGCAACACGUUGACAUCCAACAUUGU